AUAUUUUAUCACAUUAAUAUCACAAUAAUAACUUCCACGGUUCCAUUUAAUGAGGUAUAAAAUUGAAUAAAUCAAACCGAAUUAAAACUGAUCCAACCCAAAUCCGACACAUCCCACUCAAUUUGUCCACAUGACCACAACACGCUGAUUAAAUAAAAAUCACACCUUUAUUGUUCUGAACUUCACACUUCCAUAGUCUUAAAACUGAAAUUCCAAAGCAGAGAAAAUUGAGUCCUCGGAAAGAAAGAGAAAAAAAGAUACUUCGAUCGACAAAGAUCGAAGAGGGGAGAGAAACAAAGAGAAAGAGAAUCAUAAGAAGACUAAGAAAAUGGCGACGAAACUGCAAGUUAAGGCUUCUCAUUUACUUAUUAAGCACCAAGGUUCUCGCAGAAAAGCUUCAUGGAAGGAUCCAGAAGGUCGUAUUAUCAUGAAUACUACUAAAGAUUCUGCUGUUUCUCAGCUGAAGUCUAUUCGCGACGAUAUUCUUUCUGGAAAAGAGAAAUUUGAAGAUGUCGCUUCUCGGAUCUCUGAUUGUAGCUCUGCUAAGCGCGGCGGUGAUCUAGGUCGAUUUGGUCCAGGUCAGAUGCAGAAGCCUUUUGAAGAUGCAACAUUUGCGCUAGAAGUUGGUGAGAUAAGUGACAUUGUUGAGACCGACAGUGGAGUUCAUAUCAUCAAGAGAACGGGUUGAAUUGCCUUUGCAUUUUGCAGAUAUUACCUGCUAAUAUUUGUUCAUGUCACCCUGUUGCAUCUUUGUUGGAGGCCAAAAUUUGUAGAUUAUUUUAGAUUCUAAUGGACUAAUGAUAAAACUCAUUAAAUCAUGUUGCAUAUGAUGAUAAAUCGAAAACACCUCUCUUAUCAAAGGUUAAGUUGUGUAUAUAAGAUCCUUUUGAACUUGAGGUUUUUAGGGGCAAAUCAUUUUAAAAGAUCGAGGUAAUGAAAUAUUUUUGAGAGAAACUUUAGUACACUACUAGUGUAAUUUAGGGAUGGUCAUAGAGUUAAAAACCUAUCAAACCUAUUUUAGAUCAUACUCUAAUUAUAAGGUUUGGAUAAAUAAAUAGGUUUAGGUCUGAGUUUUGGAUAUUUAGACCUAAAUUCAAAUCAGACAUGACUUAGACUCAAUGCAAUGUUCAAUUCACAAAUAAUUUUUGACUCAUU